AUGGAGGAAAGUAAUACAAUUAAAAUUAGAAGUAGUGAUGGGCAAAUUGUAGAGUUUAAAAAUGAAUUUAAGAGCCUUUCUAAAUUAGUUAGCAUGACUGAAGAUAGCGAUGAAAUUACUACAGACAUUUCAUUUGAUGUCUUGCAAGUUAUAAAAAAAUUUUGUGAGGUUCAUGAUUACAAGCCAAGCAGCAUCGAUUUCAAAUCACCAUUAAAAAGUGAUAAAUUAAGUGAUAACAUAGACUCAAAGUCUUAUAGCAUCAUGAAAGACUAUUAUGGAAUUAAACCAGAAUAAGCUGAAAAACUGAAACCCCUCAUAUAUGCUGCUUAUCACUUAGAUUUUGAAAAAUUCAAAGAAAUAUGCUUAGUAACUCUUGGUUGUCCAUUUUAUGUAGGCGAUACAGAUUAAGAAAUAGAAAGAUUUAAACAAAAAUGGGAUAUUAAUGAAAUUACCCCUGAAGAGGAAAGAGUAAUUAUGGAGAAUAAUAAGCCAAUAUUUGAUCAUAUUAAUGAAACAUUUGAGAAAAAAAUGUAAUAGGAGGAAUAAAAAUAUUUGCAAUCAUUCUAAGAAUAAAACGCUAACAAUAACUCUAAUUGA